AUGUUAUUACAGAUGCUACACAUCGAGAGCAUCGCUGUCGUGGGCAUGUUCCACGGCCUGAGAACGAGUGAAAAGCUGCGCGGUACGAUCCGGCGGAGCACGGAGACGGGUAUCGCUGUGGAGAUGAGGAACCGGGUCACGCGACAGGGCAGCAAGGAGUCCACGGACGGUAGCACCAACUCCAACAGCUCUGACGGAACGUUUAUCUUCCCCCCUACUCGCAUGGGUCCAGAGAGCCAGUUUAGUGACUUCCUGGAUGGACUAGGCCCCGCCCAGAUCGUAGGCCGACAGACAUUAGCCACACCCUCCAUGGGUGACGUCCAUGUGGGUAUGGUGGACAGAGGAGGCCAGAUAGAGGUGGAGAUCAACCAGGCCAGAGGACUGACCCCUAAACCAGGGUCAAAGAACAUCCCAGCGACCUACGUGAAGGUGUAUGUGUUGGAGAAUGGGGCGUGUCUGGCUAAGAAGAAGACCAGAGUGGUGAAGAAGACUCUAGAUCCUUCCUACCAACAGGCCCUGCUGUUUGAAGAGAGUCCUCAGGCCAAAGUCCUCCAGAAUCCUGCCCCCUGCCCCUGCCCCCUGUCCCCUGUCCCUGCCCCUGCCCCCUGCCCCUGA